AGUGGAAUCCAUCAAAUAAUAUAUAUAUAUAUAUAUGUAUGUAUGUAUGUAUGUAGUGGUAGCAGACAAGUCUGUUCAUGUUCUGGUGAACCUCCACACCAACACCAGCACCCACAAAGAUCCCGGUGGUUUCACAUGGUUCUGCUGGACGGGAGGAGGCGGUCCACAGGCUGCGCUGCUCUGCGCAGUCAGCCAGUAAGUCAGUCAGUCGCUCUUCCCUCCUCACAGACGCAGCCCGCCCUGUGUCUGAUCUCACACUGUUUGGUCAAGUGACUGUUUUUUUUCUGUGAAGUUUGGAUUUCCGUGCGUCCAAACCGCGUUUGGAUAUUUUUGGCGCAUUUUACGCACGGCGUUCCUGGUGUGACGCGGCAAAAGAAAAUUCAUUUUUAUUUUUAUCUGUCUAAUUCUUUGAGAGUGCAUUUCGGGGACGAAAGUGAAACCAGAAGAGAAGCUCCAUUCCAACCUUUUGCAAUCCUCAGCUGCUAAGGUCAUGUUUUCCAACGCCACUGCCAACUUUGUGCGUCAGAUCGACCCGAAUGGAAGCCUCAUCCACGUGUCCCGGCUGAAUGACUCUGACAAACUAGUACCCAUGGCGCUGGUGGUCAAGCGUAGCCGCAUCUGGGCAUGGCAAAGGCCCAAAUACCGGCCUACGGACUUCAAUCUGAGUCACCUGCUGCAGGGUGACCAGGAGCUUUCACCAGGAGUGUCUCAGACGGAUUUCCUCACGUAUAAGGGGACGUAUAGUGAUGAUAAGUCUGCGGUGUUGGAUGUGAAAGCCGGAGGGGCGAAUGCUGGACUGGACGGGCAGGGAUCGUCCAAGCUUCACUCCAGUUUUGACAACCUGAAGAAAGAGGAAGUGGACGUGAGAAAGCUGCUUUCAGACUCCAGCAACAGGCUGGUGGACAUGCAGCAUGUGCUGGUGCAGCAGCUGGAGAAGCGAGCAGAUGUGCUGGCGGUGGUGAAAGAGCGGAUCCUCACCACCAGCCCGUGCUCCGUCACCCUGAGGAGAAAGCAGCAGUGUGGCUUUCACGGCGUUCUCAGCCUGCUAAGCCUACUGGGAAACACUGUCAGGGUGUGUGUGAAAGAGCUCAGCAGUGUGGAGAUGAACAGUGAUGUUUCCUUGGAGAUCCCCUCGGGAACGGUCAUCGCCUACAGCGUGCUGGAGCUGCAGGUUCAGAAGGACGGACACUACGAUAUCUGCUUGCAGCCUGGAAGAAUUGGGGGGUUUGCGGAUAAUCCCGUCCCGAUUUCUAGAUCAUUGCAUCAUUCCACGGACACAGUCGACGGUUUAUGGAACUGGCACAACACUAAAGAGGAAGUGGUUUGGAGUGCACGACAGAAUGUUGCAGGCCUGCAGAGGGCUGACCUUGCUCCUCUGGCAAAGCUCCCCCAGUCAACGCGAUGUCCUUUGCUCAACAAGCUGCAGGAGACUCUGAAGGACAGAGCUGCUCUGUCAUAUCUCCAGGAUGUGCUGGAGGAAUUGUGCGAUGGUGACACAGUGGAAGCCUUAGAGGAGCACUCUGAGAUCCAGAGGAAGUCCUCCUUCCUGGACCGGCAGGAUUCGGUCUUUCCCGCUGAAGACCUUCACAGUGAAACUGCAAGGCUCAAAGCUCUCUACCAGCUCGUUUGCACAAUGGAUGAGCUGCCUGAUGAAACGCUGGGCCUCCUGAGCGAAAGCCGUCCUGACGUUCUGCUGGGCUUCAGUGAACUGCUGAGCAGCUUGAAGGGGAGCAGCAGGUCCUUCUCCAUCGACUCUCUUCCUGUCCCGCUGCAGGACAACCAGGCCUUCCAGCAGGCCGAGCAGCUUCUCUGCUCCAUCGGCGUUGCUUUGAGGAGGGAUGCUGACCGGUUCUGGAUGGAGACAGGAAGUGAGGAUGAUGUUCUGCUGUUGCUCCUCAGCUUCAGCAUGCACGGUCUGUCGUUGCUCUGUUAGUUGUUGUGUCAAAUUUGUUGUUAUUUUUCAUGUUUUUGUGUAUUUUGUUCUGUUUUUGACAGUAUAAGCUUUUUCUUUUUUUUUUAGAACCACCGCAAUACCCCAUUGUUUUAAGUAUUGUCAAGUUUUUUUGUUAAACUGAAGUUUUUAUCGAUUGUUUAAACAUAUUCAUCUAUAAUGUGUCAGCUUUUUUUUGUAUAGUCAUGUUAAAAGCUCUUAUUCAACUUAAAACAAACUAAGACUGAGGAUAUAUCAACCUUUGAACCUGGGAGUAUAACAUUUUGUAAGAUUUUGUCAAGUUUAUUUUAUCAAGCAUGUGUUACCGUUUAUAAUAUAAUGUAUUUCUUUAUUUUUACUAGAAUUUAAUGCUUUUAUUUGUACAAGUGCUCUUUUAAAAAGCAUUUCUAGGUUCUAAAGUGAAGCACUUUUUUAUCUUUUAUGUUUUUACAAUGAAGUUUAUUAUAUAAUUGUAUGAAUUUGUGCUGAAAUGAAAAAAAAGUAACUUUUAAUCCUUUUUUCCUGAAAAAAAAAGAAUUUUCUGUGUUGAAAAGAUCACUAAGGUUUGAGAGAACAUGUUUGUUUUGUCACUUGGAUUAUUGAAUUUAUGCAACCAUGCAGAUGAAGAUGAAGAAAGAAAACUGUGAAAAUGAUCUACUUUUAUAUACGUUUGUAUAACUAUAUCUGUCAGUGUUAUUUUUGUGAAGGAGUUUAAAAGAAGGACGCUUUAUUUUCUAUAAAAGGCUACAAAUCUUAUCCUACCUUCAGAACUUUGUAUAUUGAUUAAACAAAUUCAGAUCUUUUCAUGGUAUUCAGACAUUUCCAUACCUGCAAAAGUGUUUAUUGCAGAAAUUCAAACUAUUUGUCAUGUUGUUAAAUAUUGCUACUACUAACUUUCAAACUACUUGUCUUCAGCUAAUUUAAUACUAAUUAUUUUGUCAAGUUUAUACAUUCGAAUGUAUUUAGUUAAAACUUUAGAAAUCUGUAUUCUUCUUCUUGCAGUUUGUUGUUUUUUUUUCAAUUAUAAAUAUUCAACAAUGUAAAAGAGGAGAAAAAACUUCUGUCUGAUUACUUUACAGUUUCUCCCUUUGGUAAAUAAAGAACAACAUGACAACUAAAAGCUAAUCAUGUUUUUAAAAAGUUUUUUUAAGAUAUGAAGAACAUGUAUGUUGUAUUUUUAGGAGGUAAAAAUGUGAACAAUUCCAACAACCGGAAGCAAAAUCUGGUUUCAGGAGCUAAAGUUAUUUCAGAUAAAUCCUUGGCUAUGAGUAUUUUCUGAAACAAUUCCUCUGAAUAUAAUCUUCAAAUUCCCAGAAUUCGACUGUUGGGUCUUCAUACAUUCUCAAUUAUUAAGAUAAAAAUAAUCCUAAAGAUAGAAAAUAUCACCCAAAACUAAUCAAGAGACCACUGCUUUGACUGCAUGGAUUAGAUU